AUGGCUUUCAACUACAAGCGCGUCCUUCUUGUCGGCGCCACCGCCGGAAUCGGUGCCGCCUUCGCCGACAAGCUCAUCCAGGAGGGCGCCAAGGUCAUCGCCGUCGGGCGCCGUCAGGAGAGACUAGAUGCCUUUGUGCAGAAGCACGGCCCGGAGAAGGCCAGUGGCGUCAGAUUCGACGUCAACGACACCGCCGGGAUGGACGCUUUCGUCGAGAAAAUUGUGACCACCUACCCCGACCUAGACUGCGUCUUCCUCAACUCGGGCACGCAGCACCCGGUGCGGCUAUCGCGCCCGGCCGAGGUCGACCUGGCGGCCUUCCACGCCGAGAUCGCGACCAACUUCUCGCGCCUCGUCGACCUGUCGCUCAAGUUCCUGCUGCACCUGCUGCCCAAGCCCGUGCCGACCGCCCUCGUCGUCACCGGCACCAACCUCGCCAUGGUCCCCGCCGUCACCCUGCCCGCCUACUCGGCCUCCAAGGCCGCCCUGCACGCCUACCUGCUCUGCCUACGCCGCCAGCACCAGGGCGCGCGCACGAAGAUUGUUGAGAUUUGGCCGCCGGUGGUGCAAACCGAGCUCCACGACUACAUGGGCCCGGAGGUCGGCCGGGCGAUGGGCAUGCCGGUCGUGGAGUUCGUGGACCGCACGUGGGCGCAGCUGGCGACCGGCUCGGAGCACGUCAUCAUCGGCUCUAUCGGGCCCGAGAAUGAGUUCCUGGACUUGGUGAGCCGGCGUCGGAAGGCCUUUGACGCUCUCUCAGAUGGCAUGCUGGCGCAUUUUGAGCUGUAG